UGCCCUUUCUCCUCGCGCUGCUUCUCCUUUCACAAUGGCUGCUCGCGGUGUGGGCCUGUUCACCCGUUUACCCCUAUGUGCUCAGAGAAGUCAAGUCCUGCGUCCUGUGCAAAGGUUUUCUACUUGCCCAGGAACAGUGGCCGCAGACGUCAGGAGAGAAGAGCGGUCCUCAGGGAGCUUGGAGACAGGCUCUGAAGACAGGACUCCCAAAAAGAGAUUCUCUGAGGUGCAAAAAGAAAGACGAGAACAGGCUCAGCGAACUGUUUUAAUACAUUGUCCAAAUAAAUUCAGUGAAAAAAAGUUUCUCAAAUAUUUAUCUCAACAUGGACAUAUUAAGAGUCAUUUCUUCUAUGAAAGCUUUGGUCUUUAUGCUGUUGUAGAAUUUUGUCAAAAGGAAAGUGUAGCUUCACUGCAGAAUGUCACUCGUACUCCAAGCGUGGACAGAGAGUGUGCAAUUCCAUUCAGAUCGCGUUUCUUCAAUUUAAAGCUGAAGAAUCCAUCAAGCCAGACUUCUGAACAGCCAUGUGUACAGUGCAGUAAUCAAUCACCUCCUUCAAGCAGGAAACUCUUUGAAUUACUUUGUUGUGCAGAAAGUGUAGAUGAUCAGCUAAACACUCUCUUGAAGGAAUCCCAGUUAACAGAGGAGAACACUAAGCUCCGGUAUCUCACCUGUUCUUUUAUUGAAGAUAUAGCAGCUGUGUAUUUUGCGGACUGUGCAGUCAGACCCUUUGGCUCUUCGGUGAACAGUUUUGGAAAAUUAGGAUGUGAUUUGGACAUGUUUUUGGAUCUAGAUGAAAUUGGAAAAUUCAACACUCACAAGACCUCAGGAAAUUUUCUGAUGGAAUUUCAAGUGAAAAAUGUUCCUUCAGAAAGAAAUGCAACUCAGAAGAUCCUGUCUGUUUUAGGAGAAUGCCUUGACCACUUUGGCCCUGGUUGUGUGGGUAUACAGAAAAUACUAAAUGCUCGGUGUCCUCUUGUGAGGUUCUCACACCAGGCCUCUGGAUUUCAGUGUGAUUUGACUAUGAACAAUAGGAUUGCUCUGAAAAGUUCUGAACUCCUUUAUAUCUAUGGUGCCCUGGACUCACGAGUGAGAGCCUUGGUGUUCAGUGUCCGAUGUUGGGCUCGAAUACAUUCAUUAACGAGUAGUAUCCCUGGUGCUUGGAUUACAAAUUUCUCCCUUACAAUGAUGGUCAUCUUUUUUCUUCAGACAAGAUCACCCCCUAUACUUCCAACCCUAGACUACCUAAAAACCCUAGCAGAUGCAGAAGAUAAAUGUGUCAUAGAAGGUCACAACUGUACUUUUAUUCAUGACUUGAAUAGAAUUAAACCUUCAGAAAACACAGAAACACUAGAAUUACUCCUGAAAGAAUUUUUUGAAUAUUUUGGAAAUUUCACUUUCAAUAAAAAUUCCAUAAAUAUUCGACAGGGAAAGGAACAAAACAAACCUGAAUCUUCUCCACUGCACAUUCAGAAUCCUUUUGAAACUUCUCUCAACAUCAGCAAAAACGUAAGUCAAAGCCAACUGCAAAAAUUUGUAGAUUUGGCCAGAGAAAGUGCCUGGAUUUUACAUCAGGAAGAUCAAGAUGGCCUUUCCCCAUCAAGGAAUCAGCCCUGGGGGCUGGCAGCCUUGUUGUUGCCUUCUGUAGCAGGUAAUAUGUCUUUUGCCAAGAUGAAAAGGAAGAAGCCUGCAAGUGAAAGAAUUAAAAGCUUGUUGGAAUCUUUAAAAGGAGGCAGUACAGAAAAUUCCACAAACACCAAUGGGAAAGGAACAGUUACUACUCAGCCAUAAUGGCUACUAAUUUGCUUUAAGAACGGGUUUUAUCCUAUAUAAAUGAUCUUUGGACCACCUGGAACGACCAGUCUGAAACUUCACAGAUCUCGGUCUUCAUGAUCUUCUCACUGGGCGCCUUUACCAGCUCUGCAGUUCUGGCGUGCCCCUGGCACUGCAUUAAAACGUCGGCCACAAGGAACAGAUGGAAGAAGAUUGGAAUGUAUUUUAGAUAAACUGUACCAAGAGAGGGGUAAAAAUCAGCUUUAGAAUCAAACUGUUGUUGAUUCCAUGUCAGUUCCUGAGUGAAAAUGAUUUAAAAGGACUUCUGAAUAUGUACAUAUGUAGUUACUGAAUACAAUAAAGCUUCAAAUUUUGCAAUA